AUGUUGAGAUUGCGAGCAUUGUCACGGUACCUGGAUCGUGUUAGGACCGGAGGCGUGGAAUCCAUAAUGCUCUUCAGCACCGAAGGUAUACUUCUUACUCAGUCCGGUAUUGACACUGGAAAUGUUAAAACCGCAGCGGCGAUUGUUUCGAACGUCUGGAACAUGUAUCAAAAACAACUCCAGUUGAAUGAGUCGGAGUCGUUGCAAGAAAUAAUCGUUGAAUUAACCAACGGAAGGCUUGUUUUCACCAGGGUUGCCUCCGUCAUUAUAUGCAUAUACGGCUCCAAGAAAAUCAGUCUAGCCUUGAUGCGCGCAAAGAUGAGCCUACUGGCGGAGAACCUCCAUGAGCCUCUUUCUUUGCUGACUGCUUCCAACUGA